AUGAUUGGCCUAAAUAAUGGAAGAACUGAACAAUAUGAUAGUUCGGAAUAUGAUAGGGAGAGAGAAGUUCAAGCCUUUGAUGAUUCAAAGGCUGGUGUAAAGGGACUUGUGGAUGGUGGUGUCACAAGGUUACCGCGUAUAUUCUUGCACAACCAGUAUGUAGCUGAAAUGAAAUCGGACUCCGAGAUAGUUACAAAGUUUAGCAUUCCAGUCAUAGAUUUUGAAGGCUUGGGCAAGAGUGCAGCUCAACGGGCUGAUAUCGUACGAGGAAUAAAGGAUGCUUGUGAAAAGUGGGGAUUUUUUCAGGUUGUCCACCAUGAAAUCCCAUCAAUUAUCAUGGAAAAAGUAAUAGAAGGCGUUCGCCAUUUUCAUGAGCAGGAUUCUGAGGUGAAGAAAGAGUUUUACUCCCGUGAUGUUACGAGGAAGUUCAGCUAUAAUAGCAAUUUUGAUCUACAUAAAACACGAGUAGCUAAUUGGAGGGACACCCUUUCCUGUGUCGUUGCUCCUUAUCCUCCGGAUCUCAGAGAAAUGGCUGAGGUUUGCAGAGAUGUUCUGAUCAAAUAUGCGGAACAUGUGUUGAAACUGGGAGAUACUCUAUUUGAGUUACUCUCUGAGGCCUUAGGACUCAAUCUAAAUCACUUGAAAGACAUGGAAUGCGCCAAGGGGCUUGUUCUCGCUGGCCAUUAUUAUCCGACAUGCCCUGAACCAGAUCUCACUUUAGGCCUUAGCAGUCACACAGAUGGUGGAUUCUUGACUAUAUUAUUACAGGAUCAAGUUGGUGGCCUCCAAGUCUUUCAUGAAAAUCGGUGGUUUGAUGUUCCUUUCUUGCCUGGAGCUCUAAUUGUGAACAUUGGAGACCUUAUGCAGCUAAUCACAAACGAUAAGUUCAAAAGCGUUCAUCACAGAGUGCUGGCAACAAAUGCAGGACCAAGAAUUUCAGUGGCUAGUCUUUUCAUAAUGAGUUUUCAAGAAGGCAGUGGAUCAGAACUAUAUGGGCCAAUCAAGGGGUUAUCAGAGGAAAGCCCCCCAAUGUACCGGGAAACAAGCAGAAAAGAGUAUGUCACAUAUCUAUACAGCAAAGGGCUUGAUGGAACUUCCUUAUCGUCACAUUUCAAAUUACAGAAAUAG